AAUUUGGCAUAAAAUAGGAACGCUGAAACAGCAUGACAUACAUUACCGUUCCGUGCCUUGGUCAAUGAAAAUCUAUCGGAUAUUUAACAAAAACCAUGAACAUAUUCGAAUUUCACGUAAAAUUUUAUUAUCGAAAAGUUUAUUUUCGCGUGUUUCUUUGUGUAAAUUAGUGUUACAAGCAGGAAACACGAAGCGUAUAAUAAAUAAUCUGUGAGUCCAACUCCCUGUAUAUUUUCGCACUUGCCGCACGUACGGUGUUUUAUUUAUCAAUUUUUGAUAUACAGUUAUGGAAAACAUAACACCCGUUCACAAACAAACCGUUAAUUGAAUCUGUACGUUAAAAAAAAACGUGUAAACAAACGAGGAUGUGUUUGUUUUAUCGUGGUGCAACGGGUAACAGAAAAGAAAAAAAAGAAACAGUUGGAAAUGUUAAUUAAAAUUUGGAGUGAAAGUGUUGAGAAAAACAAAGGCCGGAGUGUGGGUGGAUGUGUGAUGCAAAGGUCAUGGUUUAGUCAUUUUAUAAGUGCUGGAGCGGUUAAUUCAUUAGAGCUGUAAAAAUUAAACUGUCCGGACGUUUGUCUCAAGUGCGGACCUAAGGGCUGUGUCAAAUGUCCCAAUUUGAUCGUCUACCCGUCUAGGGAGUGCGUGGACUUGUGUCCGCACGGUCACAACCCAAGAUGGAGCACCGUGACAGACGUUAUGGGAAAGAUGUGCGUUCACAACGGCAACUUCCUAGGGAUGUCGGCCAACGCGUUGGCGGUGUUCACUGGCGUUCUCACCGGCUUCGUUCUCUGCAUCGCGUUCAUCACGAUGGCUGUUUUCUACAUAAAGUAUCGCCGAAAACGUUUCCCACAGUUGAGCGAGACUAGUUCGGACGUGGAUGACAGCAGGGACAGAAAGGAGUUCGUUAAACAACUGGAGACUUUGAGGCCGUAUGCGCAGAACUAUCUGGACAUGCUCAACGAUACCAGGAGACAAUUGCGUGAACUGCAUCAAGCAGGUGAUAACAGCGCCAUAUCCGCGUAUAAGCCGGUGGUGCGUGAUUUGGCCAAGAUUCUACUGCUCCUCAACCGACCGGUGGACAGGAUGGCCGUACCAGAGGACUGGGAGCACCUCUUCAACUGGGCGGAAAAGACCUUGAAGAGAUACAAACGUAUGAGUGAAGUGUCGCAACCGCAGGUCGCGCAGCUAAUUAACUUCCUGCAAGGACCCGUGGUGCCGGUCGACUCGGAGCCGGAGUAUUCAAUCCGGGGCAGCACCACGAUGAGUACCUUUAAGCCGGAUCAGAUAUUCGGCUCGUCGGUCAGUCUGCAGGACGUGGCAAUUAAGAACUUUAACAGCAAUUAUGAUAACACGUAUCACAGUCCGCUCAACCCCCAGUGGAAGUUCGAGUAUUCGUUAGUCGCGAACAACAUCCCCUCGUCGGAGUUCAAUCCGGCGGUGUGGAAGAAUAGCAAAGAGUACCUCAACAGUAAUUUGUUUCUGGACGACGAUUUUUGUCAGUUGGGCUUUAGGCCUCAGGAUGAGAUCACGACCGAACUGUGACCCCUGUCCGUGUGAAAACCAAAUUGUACUAGUCAAUAAUUUUUUACCUCUAGGUUUAAGUCUAGUUUUAUAUCGAAUUUUAUAGAUGUAAUUAUGAUUCUUUGUAAUAAUAAAGGAAUUUUAUUUAUGUAA